CAGUAUCUCAUUGAAUAGUGUUUAGGUGGCAGUGAUAAACGCACGAGUCAGAACAACAUCAUGAUGAAAAUAAAACUGUUGUUGUUUAUCACCAUUAUUUACAAAGCACACGGCGAAAACAAAUGCGCAGCUCGUGAAAUACCCAACGAGUCUGUCGUCUGUGUGUGCAACUCGACGUAUUGCGAUGACUUCGUUAGAGAACCACCAAAAAGAAACGCUUAUGUAGCAUACACAUCUUCAAAGAGCGGUCUACGCUUUGUCAAAACAGAAGGUCAUUGGGGAAAGCAAGGUAAGGAAAAAUGCUCUACUUCUCUCACUUUGGAUCCAACAAUAAAAUAUCAAAGAGUGGAGGGUUUCGGAGGAGCAGUGACGGACGCAGCCAGCAUCAACUGGAAAAGCAUGCCGGAGGAGCUACAGAAACACCUCAUACGGUCAUAUUUCAGUAAAUACGGCUUGGAAUACAAUAUGAUGCGAGUGCCCAUCGGUGGUACGGACUUCUCAACGCACCCGUAUGCUUACAACGAGCUACCUGAGAACGACACUCUUUUGACGAAUUACACGUUAACUAUUGAAGAUCGUAAAUAUAAGAUUCCAAUGAUAAAAGCAGCGAUGCAAGAAGCGACUUCCCCCAUCCACCUGGUGGCUACCACCUGGUCGCCGCCGCUGUGGAUGAAGACGGUGGACACUUACGGUGGAUACAGUCAGCUCAAGAAGAAAUAUUAUCAGACAUACGCCGAUUAUCACCUUAAGUUUCUUCAACACUAUAAUAAAUACGGAAUACCAAUAUGGGGAAUGACUACCACGAACGAGCCUAUCAACGGGAUGUUUUCGUUCGCAAAAUUCAACUCAAUGGGAUGGACAGUGAAAAAUAUGGGUCACUGGAUCGUAGACAACCUAGGGCCGACUAUACGUAACUCUACAUUCAAAGACCUGAAAAUUAUCACUGGGGACGACCAAAGAAUUACCGUUCCUUAUUGGUUUAAUAUUAUGUUGAGAGAAACCCCAAAUGCGCUGGAUUACAUUGACGGGAUAGGUGUCCACUACUACACAGAUCAGUUUGUACCGGCCGUUAUAUUUGAAACUGUGACUAAGACUUAUCCAAAUAAAUUUAUCAUUGGAACAGAAGCUUGUGAAGGUUCAUUCCCCUGGCAAAAGGAGAAAGUCAUUUUGGGAUCGUGGAAAAGGGCGCAACGUUACAUUGAUGACAUUAUACAGGAUUUGAGCUACAACCUCAUCGGAUGGAUAGACUGGAACCUCUGUCUGGACAUGCGUGGGGGUCCGAACUGGGCGAACAAUUUCGUCGACUCCCCCAUCAUCGUUAACGCCAAAUCCCAGGAGUUCUACAAGCAGCCGAUGUUCUACGCCAUGGGUCACUUCUCCAAAUUCAUCCCCAGAGGUUCUGUGAGGAUCGAAGUGGAGAAGAGCUUUACAAUCUUCAGCCAUCUAAAUUAUGUGGCGUUUUUGACGCCGAGGGAUACAAUAGUCGUUGUGGUACACAAUAAGGGCAAGAAGCAAACGAUAUCGGUGAAAUGUGGCAGCAUGGAGGCGAGAGUAGAUCUAGAAGAGGAAGCUGUAACAACCUUGGAGCUACCAUACGAAAACAAUGAGUUUGAUUUCGGAAAAUAGCUAAUUGUAAUUCAAUAAGUUCAUACAAUUAAAGCGGUUUAAAGGAACCAAAAACAACUAGUCUUAAGUCUCUACUCUCAACUUAUAUCGGUUUUAAUUAAUUUUAAUCUAAUAAAGAAAACAUUGAAACUCUAAAAUUAAUUUAAACAAACAUCAUCAAUUAUUUAUGUCUCAUUACUGAAGGACAUUCAGGUCAGUGUACAUUUUGUAAUACUGGUAUCUAAAUAGAUCGUUUUUUUUUUGUAAUGUUUUUAGAAGGCAAUAAAUUGCACCAUCAGAGUGGUUGAUUCAUAGGCAGAUGGCGGACCCAGGUAAUUUGGUCACGGUAUGUCAAACCCUGCUGACAGAUCA